AUGGAUCGCAUGGAUUUCUCCCACAAAACCCUCCACGACUACGACGUGCUGGCUGUGAUGCGCAACGGCUCGUUCGGGACCUUGUUCAAGGUGCGGGACAAGAGCUCCGGCGAGCCGUUUGUCCUGAACGGCAUCAAUUACGACAAGCUGGACGAGGUCAAGUGCGAGGCGUUGUUCUCGGAGAUAACCAUGCUCCGCGAACUGCAGCACCCUAGUAUUGUGCAAUACCACCACCUUUUCGACAAUCGGGUGAUGAAGGUAUUGCACAUUGUUAUGGACAUACCCACGUGUCUCAACAUUCAAAAAUGGAUCGCAUGGAUUUCUCAAACAAAACCCUCCGACUACGACUUGCUGGGCGUGAUGCGCAACGGCUCGUUCGGGACCUUGUUCAAGGUGCGGGACAAGAGCUCCGGCGAGCUGUACGUCUUGAAGGGCAUCGGCUACGACAAGCUGGACGAGAUCAAGUGCGAGGCGCUGUUCUUGGAGCUUACCAUUCUCCGGGAACUGCAGCACCCUAACAUUGUGCAAUACUUCCACCAUUUCGACAAUCGGGUGGUGCAGGUAUUGCAUAUUGUUAUGGAGUGCUGUGCCGGCGGCGAUCUCGCCCAGCUCGUUGAGCGGGCGCGGACACAGCGACGCCGGUUGGAGGAGCGCUUCAUAUGGAGGGUGCUCUUCCAAGUGUGCCGUGCCCUGGAUCGGUGCCACAGAAGGAUUGACGGAGCCAUCCUGCACAGAGAUGUGCAGCCGGCCAACAUAUUCUUGGACGCUGCCGGCAACGCCAAACUGGGCGAGUUCGGCCUGGCCCAGAUGAUAAGGGAGCUAACCCUCGACGCUUCGGACGUGGGCACUCCGGACUACAUGAGUCCGGAGCUAGUCCGCGGCAGGAGAUAA